AUGGUCUCUCAUUAUUUUGAAAGUCUCCCUGUUCCUCCUCUAGAAAAUCUCAGCACAGAAUAUAUACUCCAAGAAAUUAUCGACCACAUUGGAAAACUCGCUGAUGAUUUCCCGCACACCAAUCUCAAUUUAUUUCGCAAACAACUCUGGGAUAUUAGAAAUCGGAAUGUGCAGCCGAAAACUCAUUUGCGAGGUUUACUGAGAGUGUUGGAACAUACGCAUACAUUUAAACAUGCCUUUGAGGAACUAGAACCGGGUUUGCAAGCGCAGAUUCGAGCGUUUAUGGAUGAUGAAGAGGAUGUGAAGGAGGAGGAGAUUAUGGGGAUGGGGAAAGUGAAAGGGGAGUUUUAUAUUCCGCCGUCUCCGGCGGUGAAACAUCAUUUUAAGGAGAUGGUGAAGGAGACGGUGAGGGAGAAGGCGUAUGAGCAGAAGAUAAAGUUGGUGCAUGAUAAGGUGAGGAAGAAGAUUCAAGAAGUGAGAGAGGAGAUUGAGAGGGAGAUUGUGGAUGAGGUGGGGGGUCAUAUUGAAAUAUUUCAGAAGGUGGAGGAUCAUGUGGGAGAAUUGUGGGGGAGGCGUGGGCAUUUGGAGGCGUUGCUCAAGAGGAAUCCUAAGGCUUCUUUGAUGGAGAAGCGGGAUGCUUCGAUGCUGGGGAGUGGAAUGUCGCCGAGGAUCUGUGAGGAUGAGAGAGGAGAGAGAAUUAUGGAAGUCCAUAAAAAUGCCCCCUUUCAUAAUUGGGGAAAUAGUGUGAAGAAUACUCCGCUUUAUACUUUUGUUCCUACGACGGUUUUGGGUCUGUCAAAUUUGGUCAAGUGGGCGAAGGUCGAGGGUUAUAGGGUUAGAUGUAGUGGGUACAGACACUCGUGGAGUAAUACGUUCUCGCAGGAUAAACAGAUUUUGGUCAGCAUGUUGAAUUUGGAGAGUGUGGAGAAGAUUCCGGAUGUGAUGAGUAUUACAGAGGAGAAGGGAGAUGUGGAUUUGAAUGGAGAUGAAGUCGUAGAUGCUAAUGAGUUGAAGACGAUUGAGUUGGACCCGAAAAUUGAGGGGUUGAGUUUGACGGGGGGUGAAGAGGGGAAAAUGCUUUGUAGAGUUGGAGCGGCGGUCACGAAUGAACAGUUUAGGAGGUGGGCCGUGGGUCAUGGGAAAUGGGCGUUGCCGGUGGAUGUUAUUCUUGUUGAAGUCACAGCAGGUGGUGUCAACGGUCCCAUUUGUCACGGCGCCGGUCGUCGUCACCAAACAGUAUCCGACUACGUUCGCGCCAUCGAAUAUAUCGACGCAAACGGAAUCCACCGCACCAUCACCAAACCCGCUCACCUCCGCGCCGCCGCAGGUUGUUUCGGACUCCUCGGUAUCGUAACCCACAUCACACUCCUCCUCUCCCCUAUGACCUACGCCAUUCUGCGUCCCACCAAACCCGACAUCGCACUUGCCAUUCCCCCCCUCUCUCCCACCGAUAUCCCCAUCGCGCUGCGCAAAUCCUGGACGCCCGCCCAAUACGCCGACGCGCUGAGAGAGUUUGAAGAUAAAGCCAACAAUGACUAUUAUAGCGAAUGGUUUUGGUUCACGCGCAGUCAGCAGGCGUGGGUUAAUACGUGGAAUGAGACGGCGGAUGAAGAGGGAGUCGUGGAGUAUCCGAGCCCGUUUGAUACUUUUGUGCAGUGGGUUCAGGGGUGGGUGGGGAGUGUAUUGACGGGGAGUGAGGUUUUUGGUCUGUUGCCCGGGAGGUGGCAGGCUUGUAUUUUGAGUACUUUUGGGAUGGUCGCACUCCCCCCCUUCGAAUUCAACGAAUUCGAACAAAAGAAAACAGUCGAAUACAAAACUGCACUUCCCAACGGUCUUCAUUUCCGUCGCGGGAUCCAAAACAUGCGAGUCCGAGACCUCGAAUUCCAAAUCCCCAUUCCCUGUCUCCCCAAAUCCACUCCCGACUACACCAUCGUGCGACGCGCCUGGUGGGAUAUCAUCAAUCUCUGCUAUCGCGAUGCGGAAACGCCCAUGCGACUCACGCUCGAAUUAAGAAUUAUGGGAGAUUCGAAUCUGAUUAUGGCGCCGCAGAGAGGAAAUCGUUGGGGGACGGCGAGUAUUGAGAUUUUAAGUGUUCCGGAUGCGGUGAGGGAUGAGGAGUGGUUGCCCUUUUGUCAGGAGGUGGUGGAUUUGUGGGCGGGGUAUAAGGGGGUCAUGAGUGUUGGGGGAGAGGAGAAACUUUUGAAUGUGAGGCCCCAUUGGGCGAAGGAGUGGGAGGGGGUGAAGAUUAGAGGGAGGGUGGCGAGGGAGUAUUUGAGGGAGGUGGGGUAUAAAGAGGAGGGGGAGAUUGGGAAGGAGCAGGGGUGGGGGUUGGAGGAUUUGAAAGGGAGGUUUAGUAAUGAGUUGUGGGAUUAUCUGGUUUUUGAGGGGGUGGAGGGGGAUGGGGAGGUGCAGAAAGUUGAGGUGGUGGAGGGAAAUCAUGAUAAUGUGGUGAAUGGGAAAGAGAUUAAAUCUCUUGGGAUCGAAGGGCCGAAAAUCAAUGGUGCGGGGGAAUUAAUCGAUUAUUUGACGUUUGAGAAGAAGGGGAAGGGGAAGGAACAGGAACGAGAACAGAAAAAUGAAUACGGGAUUAAAGUUGAGGAGGUAAAAAUUGUUGAGGCGAAGGAGAUUGUUAAUGGAGUGAAAGAGGUGAAGGAGGUAAAGAGUCCUAGUAGUAGUAGUGUGCCCGUAAAGGCGGUUGGGAUUCCGGGUGCUGAUCAUGCGCGUGGGGGGUUUUCCUAUUAA